GAGAUGGAGAAGAUUGAUCAUGGAUAAGACACUAUGGAGACACAUUAACCUAACACCCUACAAGGGAUUGGGAAUUCUUUCACAAUACACGAAAAAAAAAAAAAACUGCAUUGCAUCCUUCCCUGUAGCAAAGGAACAAGCGGAGAGAGAUCUUCUGCGGGAAACCCCAACGUUUCUUAGACGAAAAGGCACACAGGACGAUUUACAGUAGGUGCAAACUGGGUGCGUGAAAACGCCCUGACUAUGGAUACAGAAUUCAGCACAAGCUGUGAGAGGCUGGAUACUGAGCUGGGCUGUUCAGUUAAAAAAUCCCCCCUUUUCCAAAGAAGAUCGACGUACCUCACCUAUGGCUUGCUGGCCCUCUCAUACAUCCUCAUCCUGACCCUCUUCAUCAUGUUCUUAUCUAAAGCAUCCAAAUCUGAAACAUCGAAGGACGACAAGAGUAGAGAUUACAGUGAACUCAAGAACAAUGUUUCUGUGCUUUUCUACAAACUGAAGCUACUGGAGGAAACAUCACAGAGGAGCAAUUGUGACAGUGGCUGGAAGGAAUUUAAUGGAAGCUGCUACUAUUUCUCCAAGAACACAAUGGACUGGAAUAAAGCCCGGGACCUGUGUUUGAAAAGGGAAAGCGACCUGGUUGUCAUCACCAGUGAGAAUGAACAGGACUUCCUCCAUGAAACCACUCAGGAUGGUCGUUACUGGAUUGGCCUCAGUGACACGGAUGAGGAAGGCAUAUGGAUCUGGGUUGAUGGAACAGACUACGAAACAACAUAUAAGUUCUGGAAGGAAGGAGAACCAAAUGAUCAUCUGAAGAAUGAAGACUGUGCCCACAUGUGGACUCAUGGAGAGUGGAACGAUGUCCCGUGCACUUACAGCUAUUGCUUUGCCAUUUGUGAGAAAAGAAUCCCACCCCGCACAUAGUUUUAAUCACUGUGCAACCUGUGGGCUCCAGGAAGCAUGGUGGGGUUGAUUCAUUUAUUUUAAAAUAGCUUUUACUGUCUGAACAUUGGAGAGCAACGAGAACAGGGAAUACAGGAAAACCGAUUCUCCCAGCAAUGCUCUGACCUAUUAUGAUUGUGGUCUAAGCAGAUAGUGGGUAAGAGAGAAUAAAAUUCUGUGUAUGCAGAUUCCCACGUGAGCCCCCUGACUGAGAUGGUUCUUAUCUCAAGCUACCCUUGCUCACUAGCACCCUGGCCUUGAGGGUAGAGCCACCUGUUUGGCUGUAAGAGCAGAUCUUUGUUUUUCUGUGCUGUGGAGUUUUUCCUCUUUUACCUCAAGUGUUCUCCAGCAACUGAAUUUUCUCAACAUGGGCGUGCCCACUUGUAAAUGGGGCAGUUUGUUUCUAUUGGGACCCAUUCUACUUAGGGGAGCAGGUCUCAAUGACCUAAUUGUUAAAUUAGUAGCAUGCCCCAUGAUUAGUGAUGGCAACCCUGCUUUUAAUAUUAACUAAGAUAACAAAUAACCGUUCAGCCCUAAGCUUAUCCUAACUGGCCUCCAGUCAGACUCAAACUGUAGAAUGCAACUCUAAUACAAAGCAGUGGUCUAUAACAGCUGCUCUUAUUGCCUGUCUGGGCUAAAUCAAAAUUGGGUCCUGGAUCUAAAAAGGUUGACCAAUGGUUUAUGGGUUGCUAGUAGGGUUGCCACCUUUUCUGGAAAAAAAUACCGGCCUUCCUAUAUUCUUUCUGUUUUUUCUCCUAUUAAUAACAUUGGGAUUAAGCAUAAUUUUUAUGGCCAGGCUGGUAAAAUACUGGCCAGAUGGCAACCCUAUUUUCUAGGGUUGCCCCCUCACAUCUUUUAGCCAGGCAGGAUGAUGGUUUUACCUGCGGUUGGUUUUAAAGAGGCAGUGGGGCAGCCCUAGCGACAAAUCUCCACUUUUUCGGGGUGACAAUCUCCCCGAACUGCCUUCCCCCUGACCAGGGUCAGACUGGUGCCGACGGGACACCGGGAAAAAACCUGGUGGGCCCCCGGCUUUUGUGGGCCCCGCCGACCCAGAUCCACACCCACAUCUGCGAUAAGAAGCCUUGGUAAUGCCGGAAUAACAUUCCGCACUGGCGCAUGCACACAAACUCAGAGCACCAGUGCAUGCGCACAAACUCGUAGCGCCGGCGCAACAUGGUGGGCCCCCCAGUCCGACGCUGCCCCUGACCUCCACCGGCUAAAAUUAAAAUCAUCUGGGGGAAGGCACAUGCGGCGCUUCAU